GUAAUUCAAAAUCGUAACCAAUAACAGCCAAAAUAAGGAAGGAGAUUUCAAAGACUCAUCUCUUCUCCCAACGAUUUCUCUCUCUCCACCUCCGUCUUCUUGACUCAACGCACAGUGUUGUUUAUAGAUAAGAUAAAGAGCCGGCCGUAGCUAGGGUUUUGGAAAUUUUCUGACGAAAAACGGUGCCGUUCCUGGUGAUGGGCGAUGAGAAGACGGCGAUCGUGAUGACCAGUAGAGACAGAGAUCGAGAGCUUCUUAUUCCGGUCGCCGACUCCCCCGUCGAUGACUCCGCCAAGCCUUCGCCUUCUUCUUCCUCUUCUUCACAUCACGCCGGUCGUGAGACCUUUUACAAAGUUGUUAGGAGCUGGGCAUCAAAAAAGUUCAUGACAGGAUGUGUCAUCCUGUUUCCAAUAGCAAUCACUUUCUACAUAACGUGGUGGUUUAUUCACUUUGUGGAUGGCUUUUUCUCUCCAAUUUAUGCUCAGCUUGGAAUUGACAUUUUUGGUCUUGGAUUUGUAACAUCAAUAACCUUCAUCUUCUUGGUUGGGGUGUUCAUGUCAUCCUGGUUGGGAGCAUCCGUCCUAGGCCUUGGUGAGUGGUUCAUCAAGCGGAUGCCAUUCGUUCGUCAUAUCUACAAUGCCUCCAAGCAAAUAAGUGCUGCCAUAUCACCAGAUCAAAAUACACAAGCCUUCAAGGAAGUAGCCAUCAUAAGGCAUCCACGUAUUGGUGAAUAUGCAUUUGGGUUCAUUACUUCGUCUGUUACUCUCCAGAACUACUCCGGUGAUGAGGAGCUAUGCUGUGUCUAUGUUCCCACAAAUCAUCUUUACAUUGGUGAUAUAUUCCUUGUCAAUACCAAGGAUGUCAUCAGACCAAAUCUAUCAGUCAGGGAAGGAAUUGAAAUUGUAGUUUCUGGAGGGAUGUCCAUGCCCCAGAUACUCUCAACGCUAGAUACACGUGUGCCGCUGGAUAGAAGUAGAUCUAACUGAAGCUCAGAAAGAAGAUGAUAGUUGUAGAGUUGUCUAUUUGUUUAUUUGUUUUUAUUUGGUUUCUUCUUUUAAUGAAUUGCCAACCAACCAACAUUUCAGUAAUGCAGAAUUUGGGAUUAGAUUUUAAUUUUCCUCUUUCUUUUUGGUUGUUAACUUUUAGAUUAUACUGUCAUGUAACAGUGUUUGUUGGCAUAGGAUGUAUUAGUGUUUGAUUGGAAAUAUAGUUUUUUUCUUUUCUUUAUUUUUUAAAAGGUGGCAAGUAAGCUCAUUUGUGAU